UUUUAUUUUCAACUGUUAUAUUAUACUUCCUAGAAGUUUACUUCAAACAGAAAGCAUUAUAAAUAAGGGGAAGGUAAACGGAACACUGACAGACCGUGGAGAGAUAUUAAAUGUUUUACGUUAAGUCUCAUGAUCUCAUCUGUAGUUAGGAGGAUUAGUUGUUGCUAAACUCGCCCACUAAAGCCGGGGCGCAUAACAGUGAUGUAAAUAGCUGGCAUUGACAAAAACCAGGAAGAUGGCGUUAAGACUGAGAUUUAUGAAGAGAGGAAUUUGGUGUUAUGGACUAGUUUGCUGCAAAUUGUCAAUUAUUUUCCUGCUUUUUGAUUUAGAUCUUUGUGUGGCAAAUUCAGUGGAGAAGAAGAUUUAUGUGCCGUUGAACAAAACUUCACCCUGUGUCCGCCUUAUGAAUGCUACACACCAGAUUGGUUGUCAGUCUUCGAUAAAUGGUGACACAGGUGUGAUUCACCUGGUAGAGAAAAAGGAAGAUUUGGAAUGGGUUCUUGAUCGUGGACCAAACCCUCCCUACAUGGUUCUCAUGGAGGCUGUCCUCUUCACUAGGGAGAUAAUGCAGAAAUUGAAAGGUACAUCCCGAGUUUCUGGAGUGGCUGUAAUGAUUCCACCAUCUAGUCCACAGUUUGGCUUCUCCCCGGAUAAGAAAUGUCCCAAUGAUGGUUUUGGCGUGUAUAGCAACAAUUAUGGACCAGAGUAUGCCCACUGUAAUCAGACAGUUUGGAACCCACUGGGAAGUGGUAUGUCCUAUGAAGAGUUUGACUUCCCUAUCUUCUUGCUGGAGGACCAAAAUGAGACGCACGUUAUCAGACAGUGUUACUGGGACCACAAUGUUCCUGUUAAUGGUUCAUCUCCAGCAUAUCCGCUCUGUUCCAUGCAGCUUUUCUCACACAUGCAUGCUGUUACAAAUUCUGUCACCUGCAUGCGUCGUAGCAGCAUCCAGAGUACCUUCAGCAUCAAUCCAGAAGUAGUUUGUGAUGCACUUUCUGACUACAAUGUAUGGAGUGUGCUUAAACCUGUCAAUACAUCGGGAGCUGCAGAACCAGAUGAGAGGGUUAUCAUAGCUGCAGCUCGGUUGGACAGCCGGUCAUUUUUUUGGGACAAUGCUCCUGGAGCACAAGGCACUAUCACUGGACUCGUAACUCUCCUGUCUGUUGCAGAGGCCCUUCAGAAGUUGAAUGACUCCCAGACGUUGCCAAAAAACAUUCUCUUUGCUUUUUUCAAUGGGGAAACUUUUGACUACAUUGGCAGUUCCAGAAUGGUAUACAACAUGGAGCAGGGAAAGUUUUUCUUCAAACUGCAAAACAUUGAUGCCUUUGUUGAGAUCAGCCAGGUUGCAGUGCAGGACGAAGGAUAUUUGUGGAUACAUACAGACCCUGUGUCACGCCAAAAUGACACAAUUGAUGAACAAGUCAGAGAAGUUGUUGGUAUGUUGAAGAACGGCACCAUGGGAACCACUGUUACAGUCGAUGAGCCUGGGAACUCGCAACCCCUUCCUCCAUCUUCAUUUCAGCGCUUUCUGAGAUCUCGCAAGAUACCUGGUGUGGUGGUAGCAGAUCAUAAGUCAGCAUUCGCCAACAAAUAUUAUCAAAGUGUGUAUGACACAAAAGAAAACCUAAAUUUGUCAUAUCCAGCAGAGAUGACACCAGAUGAGGCUUUGAAUUACUUAACAGAGACAGCCAAGUCUGUUUCAGAAGUUGCCACUGUAGUUGCGAGAGGUCUUUAUAUGCUGGCUGGUGGCAAAGGAAAUGUUUCUUCUGUGAAAGCUGAAGAAUCAACUGUGUCGCGACUGCUGUAUGGUUUCCUUGUCCAGCCCAAUAACACUUGGUUCCGAUCUGUUAUGACAGACGACUCAGUCCGAUUGCUUGAUGAUUCAUUCAAGAAUAGGUACAUUGGUGUGUCUCUUUCAUCUGCCUCUCAAAGCUCUACUCCAGUGUUUUAUCGUAUCCUGAGCAACCUUACUGGUACAAUAGUUAAUAUGACCCAGGAACAAUGCAAAGAUCCCAAGAAAGCUCCAGAGGCCAAGCCAGAGUUGUAUGACUACCUGUGGAUGCAGGGCUCACCCACUGAGAAUUCAACAACUCGUUCACCAUUCUGUGUCCAGACAUUAGCUCGUCUGUCCAAGGCAAUUUCUCCUGCAUUCGACCUGAAGCAGUGGGGAUCAACUGAAUACUCCACCUGGACAGAGAGCAGAUGGAAAGAAAUAAGAGGACGGAUAUUUCUUGUGGCCAGUAAAGAAUUAGAGAUUAUCACAUUGGUAGUGGGGAUCGUAAUACUCCUACUGUCACUUGUAGUAACAUACUUCGUCAAUGCCAAUGCAAGUGUACUCUUCACAACAACACAAGAGUCCAGUGCCACUGCCUACUGAAUCUGUCCACUUGGUGACUGCAGUACGUCUUUUCACUGGAAGAAGAGCCUCUAGUCCACUGCCUCUUGCUCGUCAAAUGUAGACAUUUUUGUUCGUGCCGCAUCUUGGAUGAGGCUCUACAUUCAGUCACAAACUGACAAUAUUACUUUUUCUCUGAAAAUCCAAUUAUUAAAGCAGGAGGACAUUUGUUUUACCGCUAAUUUAAUGCACUUUUGUACCUCUCAAAUCUCCUGGUAUUUUUUUUUUGUCAGAACACUGUGGUUAAAAGAAUUGUUUGUUCCAUGUGUAGAACAAGAGUCUGGUCUUUCUUGCCCUGUUGGAUACAAAGAUAUUCAUUUGAAAAGGUUGGGUGGUGAAAAGUUAGCUGCUAAAAAGGUUUUUCACAAUGCUUUUAAAUGUUGGUAGAUUUACAGAAUUGUUUUGAUGUUAAGUAAUUUGAAUGCCUUCAUUUGCUAGAAGUGGUCAUCCAUAUCUGGGUUUUCCAUGUGGUGGGCUGGGCAUAUUACUUUUAUAUGACCUCAUCUCACACAAAAGGCAUGCAAAUGCCCAUUUUGGGUCUAGAUUAAAAAUAAACACUGUGGAUCGGGUGUUUUUCCACUGUAAAUAUAGUGGGAAAGUGUCUUUGAAGCAAAGCAUUUUUGAAAAAAAAAAAAAAAUCUGCAGGCAGAAAUAUUUUAGAAACUGUGUGGUGUAAGAGUGCUGUUAAACAGAGGCACACAUUCCUGAAGGAGAAGCACACAGUGCCCAACUGUUGCUUCUUCCAGUUUCUUUACAUUAAGUACAUAUCUUGUGGGCAUUGCUCUCUUUUAUUUGACUGCAGAAAAAAUAAGAUUUAUGUAGUCUGUCUUCUGUCAAAGAGCCACUGUGAUGCCUGUGAGUACAUGGAAGUGGACAACUUAGCAGUAGCAAGUGGCAUAUUUUAUUUUUUGUUACCAAAAUUGAAUUGUACCAUUUUUUUCCAGUCCUGCAGAUUAAGUAGAUUAAUACAUUUAUGAAAACAUCUCCGCUCCUCCAGCCAGGAAACAAAAAUGUGAUGACUGGACUUAGAUUUUUCUGGAAUUGACAGUGCACCGUGGCUGUGGAACAUCAGUCUGGUCAUGUAUGAUUUUUUGUAGAACCGGUGCUGUUUCUCGCAUUUGCAUUGAAUGUGUUUAUCCAUGUAACAGCAGUAGUUUACUGCCCAGAACUCACCACUGAUAAGUAUGUAACUGGAUUCUCAACUACAAUGAAAGAACACUUGAUCAGUAUUUCUUAUCGUUUUUUUUUGUAUUUUUUUAAUCAAACCAAAAACCACUUUCUGUAAAUAAACUUCCACUCCAGUGAUGUGAUGUGCAA